AUGCUUGGCAUCAUGUCUACCAGCAGAAUAGUCGAACUGUCAUGCAUCAUCCACGAGCACACGGCCAAAGUCGAUGCUUACCUUGAAUCUCAAAAGCUGCCCACCCCUUCUUUUGACACAUCAUACCCCGCCAAAGUUCCUCUCUCACCCAAUAUCCAAUCCUGUCAAGACGCUGUUCUCGAUGCCGCAGACGAGCUCACGGCUCUUAUGCUUGGUCCAGCGGCUGGAUCCAUGUCUCGCUACCCACAUAGUGCAUGGGCAAGCUUGCAAGCCAUUCAGCGCUAUGGAAUCGCGAAGACGUUCUCGCCAACUACGAGCACUACCUUUGGAAACAUCGCACGAGCCUGCUCUCUUUCCGAAUCUGAUACUCGUCGCAUCGUUCGCGCUGCUAUGACUUAUUAUAUAUUCCGCGAGCCCAGUCCGGGUAUUGUUGCCCACACAGCCGCCUCCAAAUAUCUUGCAGAGAUACCAGCGCUAGGACAGCUUGUUGGAUUCUUGAGGAGCGAAAUGUGGCCUUCUGCAGCAAGAAUGGUGGGCGCCAUGGAGAAGUGGCCUGGGUCCGAAGAGCCUAACGAGACGGGCUUCGCUCUGGCAUAUGGAACGGACAUACCAAUGUUUGACGUCGUGGGCAGAGAUCCUGAGCGUGCUCAGCGUAUGGCAGGAGCUAUGGAGUUUAUGCAUUCAUCUCCGGCGUAUAAUGUACGCCACCUUCUGGAGAAUUUUGAUUGGGGAGAUACUCCUAGUGGCGUUCUGGUAGAUGUUGGAGGAGGGAGAGAGCAGCCGGUUAAGUGGGCUGAUGUCUAUUACCUCCGCUUGGUCUUGCACGAUUGGUCGGACAAGUACGCUAUCAGGAUUCUACGCAAUCUCAUCCCGGCCUUGAGGAAAGGUGCUCGAGUUUUAGUGUCCGAGAUAUGCGUUCCAUCACCGUGUACCCUCUCUCCGUACAAGGAGAGGCCUAUCAGGAACUUCGACCUUUCGAUGAAGGGAGUUCAAAAUGCGAAGUAG